CCGAAAAAAUUAUGAGUUAUAAAAGAUAAAGGUCCGAAAACUUAGUAAGCAGAGAGAGCACCGAGACUAUAAAAGGGGCAGACCAUACACUUCCACUGUUUUUAUUUUGAAAUUAUUGCUGUUGAAAUACUCAAGCAUGGCACCCAGUUUGGAAAAGCAAAGUUAUGCGGAACUAAUGGAGAACAUGAAACUGUGCGAGGCGGAAAGGAUAUACGCGCUAUCGAACAGUGUCGGAAGAAUCCUGGAUGACGCGGAGGCCCGAAAGGUCCUAAGGCACUUCAUGAUGAGCGAAAAGAAGUCCAUGCAGUGCGUGGACGUCUAUGAGAAGUGCGCCGAGUUUCUUGGGGGGCACCCGAAGUACGAGUCCUGCGACUUUAAGGUCCUGGCCCGACUGGGAUUGCCCCCCCAUCUGGAACAGCGCCUAUGUUAUCGAUUAAACAAUGGUGAUCCCAUUUCCAUCUGCCUCUGCCUUAAAAAUAUCCAGGCGGAAUGUCUCAGUGAGGUGGCCGAGUCCUUUAGCGACUUCAAGGAAUCUAUCACAAAAACUCGGAUGAAUCUUAAACAUAAGCAACUAGGAUAAGUAAAGAAGAAACAUGAUAUUAUAUGAUAUUAAAAACACAAACAUUUUUAAACUAUCGUUUUUGACUU